AUGAGGCCUUCCACUUCCUUAGUUAUCCUACUUUUUGUCAAUUUAUCAGCGAUUGCAAGAAAACUGACCACUGAAGAGAACAUUCAAAAUAGUUUGAAGUGCGGCGUUCAUUUUCUUGGAAAUGAGAAUCCCUCGGAAAAGCGACUUAGUAAAAAAUCUUACGGAGGCAGGAAAUUAAUGAAGAACGAAUAUCCUUGGACCGCUCUGCUAGUUUUUCGAGACCCAAUUGGCCUGUGUAGUGGUGUACAGAUUUCUCCACGCCACAUCCUAACCGCUGCUCACUGUGCGCUGACAGUUGACCCAAUUAAUGUCCACGAACAGUGUAGCUUGAACAAAUCCCACAGUGUUGUCGUCGCUAUUAGAAACCCCGAGGAGGUAUUAGUCUUUGUUGGUGGGAAUAAAACUGACUGUUUCUCUCAAAUACACAUGGUGCCUUACGAACCUUCUAAGAUAACUGUGCACAAUUUCGAACCUUGCGCAGCAGUGAAUGAUCUGGCACUUAUAGAACUUAGUCAAAAUAUUUCGGAAACCGAUGCGACUCCGAUUUGUGUGCCCAGCGAGGAUCUUCCUUUAUCCGAAGUGCUCUACGUAGCUGGAUCAGGUGUUGAUCCUUCAAUUCCCUCGACUUUCACCAAGCCAUCCACCGAUCUUUGCCGGCAACAAGUAGUAGCGCAAAGACUCCACUCUCUGGAUGAAGUUCAGCAUAAAAUUGCAACAGUUACUUUUGCGAAAUCUGCAUGUAGUGGUGACAGUGGUGGCCCAGUGUUCCAAGUGGACGAAGAUGGCAAGCACACACUAGUGGGAAUCGCUAGCUCCGUCGCUCGACUGUGUGACAAACAUCUUUUCAAAAAUAUGAGGGUUUCCAGCACUGACGUACGUGCGUACCUGGAUUGGAUCUGCAAAUACUCAGGUGUUUGUCCAAUUGAGGAGGAAAGACAUUGUCAUGCUAAGACAGAGAAAGCGCAGAUGAACAAUGAUCCCUAUCAUUAUUAG